UGCUAGGCACCCGGCAUUUGAAGGCACGAGAAUAUUAUUUUUAGACAGUAGGCCAGAGCUAAGAAGGCACCCGAGUAUUUUAUUUUUUCGGCUGCGCCACUGCGAAUAAAUCAAACAGUAUCAAAGCGAGAGAACAAAGCGCUGAAAGCAUGCCUAUCAUUCGGCUUGAAUCUUCCGACAAGGAGAUCUUCGACAUCGAACAAGAGAUUGCCAAGUGCUCGGAGACAAUUCGCACGGCGCUCGAGGACCUGGGCGAUGAGAGUGAUAAUAGCGUGCUACCGCUGCCAAAUGUGAACUCUGUGAUCCUGAAGAAGGUCAUCCACUGGGCCACCUACCACAAGGAUGAUCCGCAAGUGACAGAGGAAGACGAAAACAAGGAGAAGCGUACUGAUGACAUUUCAUCGUGGGAUGCUGAUUUCCUAAAAGUUGAUCAGGGCACUCUGUUCGAGCUCAUCUUAGCGGCCAAUUACUUGAACAUCCAGGGCCUGUUGGAUGUCACCUGUAAGACUGUGGCCAAUAUGAUCAAGGGCAAGUCGCCGCAGGAGAUUCGCGACACGUUCACCAUCAGCAACGACUUCUCGCCUCAGGAGGAAGAGAAGGUGCGCAAGGAAAACGAGUGGUGUGAGGAGAAGUAAUGCGCUCAAAAUAAUAAUCCGCCGAUUAGAAUACUAAAAUUCUGAAAAAUGUAAAAGAAAUGUUUACAUUGGGUUUAUGUACCAUUCUAAUAAUUGAAGAUUAUUAUAAUAAUAUCUGAAAAUCCA